AUGCGUAUGGCUCCAUUGCGUUGUCCAUUACGUCCGUGUACGCAGCAAGCGUUGGAGCAUUAUAUGUCACGUGUCAUGCAAUUAAUGUCUGGAACGAAUCGAAUUCAUACCACUUUUGAACACCAUGAAAUUAUUGAGAUAAUUCAUGGAUGUUUGACUAUUUUUGCUGAUGAACCAACAUUAUUACAAUUUCCUCUACCCGAGAAUGGUCUCGUUAUAAUUGGUGACUUACAUGGCGACGCAUUCUGCUUACUGAAAGCAUUUGAAUUUUACGGCUUUCCACCAAAUAUCACAUACCUCUUCCUUGGUGAUAUCCUCGAUCGUGGUCCAAUGCAAAAUGAAAUAUUGCUAUUUGUUUUUUUGAUGAAAUUACGUUGGCCAGAAUAUGUUUAUUUAUUACGAGGAAAUCAUGAAUUAUAUCAUCUUACAGAACAAUAUUUCAAAAAUCAGUGUUUAACAGAUUACAAUAAUCCGUUCACAUUUAUCUAUAUUAAUCAAUUAUUCGAUUAUCUCCCGCUAGCAGCAAUUGUUUCGGAUUAUUUUUUCUUUUGUCAUGCGGGUGUGUCACAAUGGAUGACUUGUCGAGCUAAUAUAGCAAAUAUUCCACGACCAACAGAUUUGAAUAAUAUGAAAAUUUUGGAGGGAUGUAUUAUCACUGAUAUACUUUGGUCAGAUCCAAAACCAAAUCAAAGAUCACCAUUUGAUUUAAGUGAACGUGGUUGUUGCUAUAGUUUUAAUCGAGAAGCAUUACAUGCAGUACUUCGAGCAUUGAAUGUUCGCACAUUGAUUCGUGGACAUCAAAUAAUUCCGGAAGGUAUUUUAGAUAAUUUCGGUGACGGAAGUUGUAUUACUGUUCAUACAGCUACUCGUGAAAGUGCUGGUUGUAAUUCAUCUGGUACGAUUAAAAUUGUUCGCAAAGAUGAUGGAAAAUUUGUCAUGGAAAAACGUAUGGCUAAGAUAAAUUCCAAGAAAACUAUGAAUAAUUUAUGUGAUACAGUUUACGCAUUACUAUGUGAAAGUCUACAACGUAGCAGACUGAAUCGUAUUGUAUUAAAAUGUCAAUGGUGCCGGAAAGCUUAUCCCAGAAAUAUAACUCGCCGAAUACGUAAUUCCGGUAUAGCUGAAAUAACAUUGUGGAUUUCACGAUAUGCUUUUCGUUAUGCACAAUACGAUGAAAUAUUUCAUGAAGCAUGGAGAAAUCGAAAUGAUCGGAUGAUGAACACACGAGCUUAUCAGUUAUUUCCUGUGCUGUACGAUGCAGUUACCUUUGAAGGUGGCUCAUCAACAACCCCGGCCACAUUUCGUGUCAUCUUAGCUCCAUGGGAGAAAGCAUUUCUGCGCAAAUUGUUUGUGACAUCUUCCGAUUUUGAACUGGUUGAAACGUUAGCAAAUGACGUAGAUCCAGGCCUAUUGGAAAUUCAGCAACGUCGAUCAAAGCCUAAUUUAUUAAGGCGUACGUCAUGGCAUGUUAGAAAUAUGCUGAGACACGCUAUUGGUCUUCGUGAUUUACCUUCAUUGGAUGACACAGAUGUGUCAGAGAUAUCAAGAAGACCGUAA